AUGACUGUUGAGCUUCGUGCUUUAGAGGAUAAUUCCACCUGGACUCUUGAGCCUCUUUCUCCUGGUUUUCAUUCAUCUCAGGCAGAUAAUUCUUUGUUCACUCUCACCACUACCACCAGCAUCGUUCUUGUUCUUAUUUACGUUGAUGACAUCUUAGUUGCUGGUAACGACCUCUCUCAGAUUGAGAUUUUCAAGAAAAUUCUCUCCAUUCAUUUCAAGACAAAGGACCUCGGUUCCCUGAAGUACUUUCUUGGACUCGAAGUUGCUCGCUCUCCCACAGGCAUCUUUCUUAAUCAGCGAAAUAUGCCCUCGACAUCCUCUGACAGUGGACAACUUGGUGCACAGACUGCUCCUUUUCCUAUGGAACAACAUUUGAAGCUUAAUAAUAAGGAUGGCGAUCUCCUUCCUGAUCCUGGCCUUUACCGUCGCCUUGUCGGUCGUCUCAUCUAUCUGACCAUCACCAGACCAGACAUUGUUUAUGCCGUCAACACACUUAGUCAAUUCAUGCAUGCUCCUCGAGUUCCCCACAUGACUGCUGCUACCAGAGCUCUCCGCUACCUCAAAGGCUGUCUCGGCCAAGGUAUCUUCUUCCCUUCAUCCAACAGUACACAUGUUUCGGCCUAUACAGAUUCUGAUUGGGCCAGCUGCCCCAUCACCCGCCGCUCCACCACUGGCUAA